UAACUCAAUUCUGUCACAAUUAUUAUAAUUGUGACAGCUUUUUGGGGAGUUUACAGAGGACGUAAACCCUCGCAGCUGUCGCAAAGCCGCCGGCAUCCCUCAGGACAGUCUCCUGUCGAAGGAGGACCCGUCACGUUCACAGUCAACUCAGUCCGGGAGCUAAAAGCCCCAAUGGUUGGAUUUCUCUGGGAAAAACUGAAUAUUUUCCAUAAGUGAGCUCGUUUUCCUUGUCCCACAGUGUCCUUGCCCACAAAGAGAUGGGGGACAGUGCCGGGCUGCAGUUUGUCAGCUCCUAUGCCUUUGAAGCCAUGCAGAAGGUGGACGUGGUGCGCCUGGCCGCCCUAAGUGACCCGGAGCUGAGGCUGCUGCUCCCGUGUUUGGUGAGGAUGGCUUUAUGCGCUCCUGCUGAUCAGAGUGAGUCCUGGGCUCAAGACAAGAAGCUCAUCCUGCGCCUGCUUUCUGGAGUGGAAGCCGUCAACUCCAUCGUCGCGCUUCUGUCAGUGGACUUUCACGCUUUAGAGCAGGAUGCAAGGAAGGAGCAACAGCUGAGACACAAGGCAGGUGGCUCAAAUGGAGAGAGCAUUCUGGUGUCACAGCUUCAGCACGGCCUGACCCUCGAGUUUGAACACAGUGAUCCUCUCAGAAGACUGCGACUGACCCUGAGUGAACUGCUGGCCAUCAUGAAUAAGGUGGCGGACUCCAACGGAGAGUUUUUCCUGAAGUCUUCUGAACUUUUUGAAAGCCCCGUCUAUUUGGAAGAGGUGGCGGAUGUUCUCUGUAUUUUACAAGCAGAGCUUCCUUCUCUGCUGCCGAUCGUGGAUGUAGCAGAGGCUCUGCUUCAUGUCCGGAAUGGUGACUGGUUUCUCUGUCUGCUGGUGGCCAACGUCCCUGACAGCUUCAAUGAAGUUUGCAGAGGUCUCAUCAAGAACGGUGAGCGUCAGGACGAGGAGAGUGUGGGCGGCCGGCGCAGGACCGAGGCGCUCCGGCAGCUCUGUCAGAUGAAUCCCUCCCAGGCGCUGAACAUCCGGGCCAUGGUGGUGGAGGAGUGUCACCUCCCGGGUCUGGGUGUGGCGCUUACGCUGGAUUACAAACCGGACACCCCUGAUGAGGCCGUCAGCCCCCUCGUGUCGUACGUGAGCGGCCUCCUGCUGGGCACCAACAGCAAAGUCCGGACCUGGUUCAGCAUGUUUAUUCGCAACGGACAACAGCGAAAGAGGGAAAGCAGCUCGGUGCUGUGGCAGAUGAGGAGACAGCUGCUGCUGGAGCUGGUCGCCAUCCUGCCCCGAUCACGCAGCACACGCCUUCCCAACGACGGAGGCAUGGAAGAUGAGGCUGCUUCCGGGUACUCUGGCCUCAGAGAGGAGCAUGUCGUGAAGGCCAGCGCUCUGCUGCGACUGUACUGCGCCCUCGUGGGCAUCGCUGGUCUCAGGCCGACCGAUGAAGAAGCAGAGCAGCUCCUGCAGCUGAUGACCAGCCGGCCUCCUGCCACUCCUGCUGGGGUCCGCUUUGUCUCCUUGUCUUUCUGCAAGCUGCUGGCCUUCCCCACCCUGGUCAGUACUCCAGAGCAGGAGCAGCUGAUGGUCAUAUGGCUGAGCUGGAUGAUCAAAGAGGAGGAGUACUUUGAAAGUGCUGCAGGAGUAUCUGCCUCUUUUGGAGAGAUGCUAUUACUGGUUGCCAUGUAUUUCCAUAGCAACCAGCUCAGCUCCAUCAUCGAACUGGUGUGCUCUACUUUGGGGAUGAAGAUUGCCAUUAAGGCCAGCUCUCUGAGCAAGAUGAAAACCAUCUUCACGCAGGAGAUUUUCACUGAACAGGUGGUCACCGCCCACGCCGUUCGGGUGGCAGUGACCAACAACCUAAGUGCAAACAUCACAGGCUUCCUCCCCAUUCACUGCAUCUACCAGCUUCUCCGGAGCCGCUCCUUCACCAAACACAAAGUCUCCAUCAAGGAUUGGAUCUAUCACCAGCUUUGUGAGACGACCACGCCCAUCCACACCCAGCUGAUUCCUCUGAUUGACGCCUACAUCAACUCCAUCCUCACUCCAGCCUCCAAGGCCAACCCUGAGGCCACCAACCAGCCCAUCACAGAGCAGGAGAUCCUCAGUGUGUUCCAGAGCUCUGCAGGGCAAGGAGAAGGAAGUCGAGGAGGGCGACAACGUUUUUCCAUAACCGCACAACUGCUGAUCCUUUACUACAUCCUGUCCUAUGAGGAGAACCUGCUGGCUAGCACCAAACAGCUGGCGCUGAUGCAGAAGAAGCCAAAGUCCUACUCCGCAGCUCUGAUGGACCAGAUCCCCAUUAAGUUCUUGGUUACCCAGGCUCAGGGGCUGCAGCAGGAGCUAGGGGGUCUGCACUCUGCCCUGUUAAGACUCCUGGCCACCAACUACCCCCACCUGUGUCUGGUGGAGGACUGGGUGUGUGAGGAGGAGGUGACUGGUACCCUUCCCCUGUUGAGAAGGAUGAUGCUUCCUAGCAACACCUGCAGAUACAGUCAGAGCCAGCUCCAUCAGGCCUUCCAGAAGCUCCCGUCCAGCACUCCCAGACUCAUCCGCAUCCUGGAGCAUUUAACUCUGCUGUCACCCGGAGAUCUGAUCCCCUAUGCAGAGGCGCUCACGGCCAGCAUGGCGCUGCUGCUGGAGCCAGCUGUGCCCCGCCGCAUCCUGCAGACCCUCAACAAGCUGUGGAUGGGCCUGAACACUGUGAUGCCCCGCAGACUGUGGGUGAUGACGGUGAACGCCCUGCAGCCUUCAGCCAAGCUGCUCCGGCAGCAGAGAUACACUCAGAACGACCUGAUGGUGGAUCCUCUGAUCGUGCUGCGGUGUGAUCACAGGGUGUUCAGGUGUCCUCCUGUGAUGGACAUUGUCCUCCACAUGCUGAAUGGAUAUCUCCUGGGUUCAAAGGCUCACCUGCAGGGUCAUCUGAAGGAGACGGCUGACUUUGACCGCCAGAGUCAGACUAUUUCAAACCUGGGAGUUCCUGGGCAACCUGACACACCUGAAGUCACCAGGGAGGAGCUUAAAAACGCCCUUCUGGCUGCACAGGACAGUGCAGCAGUCCAGAUCCUCCUGGAGGUUUGUCUGCCCACAUCUGAAGAGCAGCAGUUGGGGGUCUCCUCAAAAAGCCUUUUGAGGACUAACCGGGGCCCCACACAAGGAAAACAGAAACUUGAAAGCCAGCAGCUAAUAUGCAGAGGGGUUCUGGGGGACGCUGAGCCAGAAGGAGGCCUGCUGAGUGACCUGAGGGAGGUGCAGUGCCUCAUCUGUUGUCUGCUGCAUCAGAUGUUCAUUGCAGAUCCCAACAUUGCUAAGCUGGUCCACUUCCAGGGUUACCCUCAGGCUCUGCUGCCUCUCACUGUGGCAGGCAUCCCCUCCAUUCAUAUCUGUCUGGACUUCAUCCCCGAGCUGCUGGCCCAGCCCCAGCUGGAGAAGCAGAUAUUUGCCAUCCAGCUGUUGUCGUACCUCUGCACCCAGUACGCCUUACCCAAAUCUCUCAGUGUGGCCAGGCUGGCCAUCAGCGUCAUGGGAACCCUUCUGACAGUGCUGACGCGGGCCAAGCGUUUCUGCUUCUUCAUGCCCACCCUGCCGUGUCUGGUGGCUUUCUGCCAGGCCUUCCCCCCUCUUUACGACGACGUGGCAGCUCUGCUGGUGCAAGUGGGCCAGGUCUGCGCGUCGGAUGUGGCCACCAAAGUCAGGGACAUUGACCCCUUCAUUGCUCGCCUGCAGAACCUGAAGGAAAACCCUCAGGAGUUGUCUCUUUCCGCUGGAGGCUCCUCCAAGCUGACUCUCCCCCUGAAGACGGCGGAGGAGCUGGGUGGAGCCGACCCCGACGUGCAGCUCUGCUACUGCAUCGAAGCCACCUUCAUGGACAUUAUCAGCUCCACCCUUCACAGGCUGUAGGCCACACUGACCUGCAUCAGCGGGUCCACACACACACACACACACACAUACACACCGCCUCCCAGCAGGCCUCACUGCCACCUCUCUGAAGGCCCUUCAGGAAGCCACACAUCAGAACUAUUUAGUUUUGUUGUUCCAUCUUCUCAUUAUGAAGCUCUGGUCAUGAUCCCAAUGCAGUCACGUCUGUAGACUUCUUCUGUUGCAGUUUGUAGAAGCUAAAUACUAAAACAGGUUUUUGGAACCCAAACCAGAAUAUUUUUGUAAAGCUGCGUUUUUUUUCUCUGUAAAAAUGAACUUUCUUGUCUGACAACUUUUCUAAUCUGUUUGUUCUAAAACAGUUCAAUAUUAAACCCAUUUUUUAAAAAAC